AUGGGGGCUCCAGGCUAUCAGAGUCUCAACGCUAUCACGAUUCAGGACUGCUACCCCUUGCCCCUCAUGCAGACGGCCUUAGAAGCGCUUAUAAGUGGCGCUUAUAAGUCACUGAGCGAUAACGCUAGAGGAGUCAGAUUAGUUGAUGGUCCUCAUCGGUGCUCUGGGAGAGUCGAGGUGCAUCAUGGGAAGACCUGGUACACAGUGUGUGAUGCUGACUUUGACCAGCAGGAUGCAGAGGUUGUGUGUCGAGAGCUGGACUGUGGACUUCCUGUGGAGGUGCUGGGAGCUGCUGCUUUUGGUAGAGGAGAACAUCAGGUGUGGACAGAGGAGCUUCAGUGUAGAGGAAACGAGUCUCAGAUUCACCUCUGUCCAACAUCACCUACCAACCACACCUGCUCCCAUUCCAGUGAUGUGGGACUGGUGUGUGCUGGUGGUGUGAGGCUGGUGGAUGGUGGUCGCUGUGCUGGGAGAGUGGAGGUUCUUCAUGAUGGACAGUGGGGAACAGUGUGUGGUGAUUACUGGGAUCUGGUAGAUGCUGCAGUGGUGUGUAGAGAGCUGGACUGUGGAGAGGCUGUAGAUGCUCUGGGUGAUGCUUACUUUGGACCAGGAUCAGGACCAACCUGGAUGGAUGAUGUGGGCUGUACUGGGUCAGAAUCUACACUGAGGAACUGUAGAUCAACAGGAUGGGGGAUGAAUAACUGUGACCACAGUAAAGAUGCUGCAGUUAUAUGCUCAGGAAGUGUGAGGCUGGUGGAUGGUGGAAGUCGCUGUGCUGGGAGAGUGGAGGUUUUUCAUGAUGGACGGUGGGGAACAGUGUGUGGUGAUUAUUGGGAGGUGGAAGAUGCUGCAGUGGUGUGUAGAGAGCUGAACUGUGGAGAUCCUGUAGAUGCACCGCGUCGGGCUAAAUUUGGACCAGGAUCAGGACCAAUCUGGAUGGAUGAAGUACACUGUAGUGGAUCAGAAUCUACACUGAAGAAAUGUAGAUCAGCAGGGUGGGGAAAACAUGACUGUGAUCAUCAUAAUGAUGCUGGAGUUAUCUGCUCAGGUAAACAACUGGUUGGUGGAGGUUCUCGUUGCUCUGGGAAAGUCGAGGUGCAUCAUGGGAAGACCUGGUACACUGUGUGUGAUGCUGACUUUGACCAGCAGGAUGCAGAGGUUGUGUGUCGAGAGCUGGACUGUGGACUUCCUGUGGAGGUGCUGGGAGCUGCUGCUUUUGGUAGAGGAGAACAUCAGGUGUGGACAGAGGAGCUUCAGUGUAGAGGAAACGAGUCUCAGAUUCACCUCUGUCCAACAUCACCUACCAACCACACCUGCUCCCAUUCCAGUGAUGUGGGACUGGUGUGUGCUGCCAGUGUGAAGCUGGUGGAUGGUGGAAGUCGCUGUGCUGGGAGAGUGGAGGUUCUUCAUGAUGGACGGUGGGGAACAGUGUGUGGAUCAGGUCAGUGGGGCAUUGAAGAAGCUGCAGUGGUGUGUAGAGAGCUGGACUGUGGAGAGGCUGUAGAUGCACUGCGUAAUGCUCACUUUGGACCAGGAUCAGGACCAAUCUGGAUGAAUGAUGUGGGCUGUACUGGAUCAGAAUCUACACUGAAAAGUUGUGUAUCACAGGUUUUUGAACAAUACACCUGUCGGCAUGAUCAUGACACUGGAGUAAUCUGCUCAGGUAAACUAAAGUCCCGGCUUGUUGAUGGUCCUCACCGAUGCUCCGGGAGAGUCGAGGUGGUUCUUGGGAAGACCUGGUACACAGUGUGUGAUGCUGACUUUGACCAGCAGGAUGCAGAGGUUGUGUGUCGAGAUCUUGGCUGUGGACUUCCUGUGGAGGUGCUGGGAGCUGCUGCUUUUGGUAGAGGAGAACAUCCGGUGUGGACAGAGGAGCUUCAGUGUAGAGGAAACGAAUCUGAUAUUAUCUUUUGCACAAUUUCAUCUACCAACCUCACCUGCUCCCAUUCCAGUGAUGUGGGAUUAAUCUGUCAAAGGCCCAUCAGGCUGGUUGGGUCUGGUGGUGACUGUGCAGGAAGGCUGGAGGUUUUCCACAGUGGUUCAUGGGGAACAGUGUGUGGUGACUUGUGGGAUAUUAAAGAUGCCCAGGUGGUUUGCAGAGAGCUACAGUGUGGUGUGGCCCUCAGUACCCACAUACCAGCCUGGUUUGGUCCUGGAACUGGGUCCAUAUUGCUGAAUAAGGUGGAGUGUGAGGAGAACGAGACGUCCCUGUGGAACUGCAGAUUUAAGAUCUGUGAGAAGAAUGAAUGUGGACACCAAGAGGACGUUGGGGUGGUGUGUUCAGGAAGUGUGAGGCUGGUGGAUGGUGGAAGUCGCUGUGCUGGGAGAGUGGAGGUUCUUCAUAAAGGACAGUGGGGAACAGUGUGUGGUGAUUUUUGGGAUGUGGAAGAUGGUGCAGUGGUGUGUAGAGAGCUGGACUGUAGUGGGACUGUAUAUACAAUCAGUUAUGGUCACUUUGCACCAGGAUCAGGACCAAUCUGGAUGGAUAAUGUGUUCUGCAGAGGACCAGAAACUACAUUAAAGAAAUGUGGAUCACAGGGAUGGGGGAAACAUAACUGUGAUCACAAUAAAGAUGCUUCAGUCGUCUGUUCAGGCCGUGUCAGACUAGCAGGUGGUUCUCGAUGUUCUGGGAGAGUGGAGGUGCAUCAUGGGAAGACCUGGUACACAGUGUGUGAUGCUGACUUUGACCAGCAGGAUGCAGAGGUUGUGUGUCGAGAGCUGGGCUGUGGACUUCCUGUGGAGGUGCUGGGAGCUGCUGCUUUUGGUAGAGGAGAACAUCAGGUGUGGAGAGAGGAGCUUCAGUGUAGAGGAAACCAGUCUCAGAUUCACCUCUGUCCAACAUCACCUACCAACCACACCUGCUCCCAUUCCAGUGAUGUGGGACUGGUGUGUGCUGACAAGGUGAGGCUGGUGGAUGGUGGAAGUCGCUGUGCUGGGAGAGUGGAGGUUCUUCAUGAUGGACGGUGGGGAACAGUGUGUGAUGAUUAUUGGGGUGUGGAAGAUGCUGCAGUGGUGUGUAGAGAACUGGACUGUGGAGAGGCUAUAGAUGCUCUGGGUAAAGCUCAUUUUGGACCAGGAUCAGGACCAAUCUGGAUGGAUAAUGUACAGUGUAAAGGAUCAGAAUCUACACUGAUGAACUGUAGAUCAUUAGGAUGGGGGAAACAUAACUGUAAUCAUGGUAAAGAUGCUGCUGUCAUUUGCUCAGGUAAAUCUUCAACACUUGUUGAUGGUCCUCACCGAUGCUCUGGGAGAGUCGAGGUGCAUCAUGGGAAGACCUGGACCACAGUGUGUGAUGCUGACUUUGACCAGCAGGAUGCAGAGGUUCUGUGUCGCGAGCUGGACUGUGGACUUCCUGUGGAGGUGUUGGGAGCUGCUGCUUUUGGUAGAGGUGAAGGUCAGGUGUGGACAGAGGAGCUUCAGUGUAGAGGAAACGAAUCUACAGUUUACUCCUGUCUACGAUCAUCUACACAAAAACACACCUGCUCCCAUUCCAGUGAUGUGGGAUUAAUCUGUUCUGGUCACACUGAGGCUCGGCUGGUGGACGGUCCAGACUCCUGUUCUGGUCGAGUGGAGCUCCAGUACCUCAGUGAUUGGGGAACAGUUUGUGCUGGAAGCUGGAACAUGAAAGCUGCCAGUGUCCUCUGUGCCCAGCUGAAUUGUGGGAGUGCUGUGGCUGUUCUGAAGGCCGACCGGUUUGGGGAGGGGAGCGUCCAGAUCUGGUCUGAUGUGUUUGAUUGUAAGGGGAACGAGACCCACCUGUCCCAAUGUCCAGUCUCAUCAUGGAGUCGAGCUGCAUGCUCUCAUAAACAGGAUGCUGGAGUUAUCUGUACUGGUUCCUCUCUGGCGUUUCAUGAUGGGCGAGUGAGGUUAACAGGAGGAAGUGAGUGUCAGGGGGAGGUGGAGGUUUAUUUUGGACAGGACUGGAGGAAGGUUCUCCUGGACUCCUGGAGUCUGGCUGAGUCCUCUGUGCUCUGCAGACAGCUGGGCUGUGGAUCUGUGCUGAAAUUCAGCUCCUCUCCAUCCACUACUGAACACAACCACACGUGUGGAACAGCUUUCAAUUGCUCUGGAAGUGAAGAACAUCUGGGGAACUGCAGCAGUGCAAAACCUGCUAACUGCAGCUCCAGAGAACUGCUGUCCAUCACCUGCUCUGGUAAGCAUAACCCAGCCCACAACUCCAUCAGGCUGGUUGGUUCUGGUGGAGACUGUGCAGGAAGGCUGGAGGUUUUCCACAGUGGUUCAUGGGGAACAGUGUGUGGUGACUUGUGGGAUAUUAAAGAUGCCCAGGUGGUUUGCAGAGAGCUACAGUGUGGUGUGGCCCUCAGUACCCACAUACCAGCCUGGUUUGGUCCUGGAACUGGGUCCAUAUUGCUGAAUAAGGUGGAGUGUGAGGGGAACGAGACGUCCCUGUGGAACUGCAGAUUUAAGGUCUGUGAGGAGAAUGAAUGUGGACACCAAGAGGACGUCGGGGUGGUGUGUUCAGAAUUUAAAGAAAUCAGACUCACUGGGGGGUGUGAGGGGAAUCUGGAGGUUUUCUACAAUGGAACCUGGGGUAAUGUGUGUUUCAAUGGGAUGGACGAUGAUACAGCGGGUGUAAUCUGUCGAGAGCUGAACUGUGGAAGAACUGGAAGUUUAUCUUCAACAAAAGCAAGACUGGAAUCUGCUCCUAACUGGCUGGAUCAUGUAAAAUGUAGGAAACAUGAUUCCACUCUGCUGCAUUGUCCAUCUUCACCAUGGGGACAGAACGAGUGUGAUAAUAACAUUGAGGUGGCUCACAUUAAAUGUUCAGGUAGGUCGAAUGAUGGAAAGUCUGUACGUACGCAUGGAUCAUGUCUUCCAUCUUCCCACCUGAAAUAUUGUGCAAAUCACUUGCCUCUCAGGCUGAUUGGAGGAAAGGGAAGCUGCUCUGGAAGGCUGGAGGUUUAUUAUGAUGCUACAUGGGGAAGCGUUUGUGAUGAUCAGUGGGACAUCAGAGAUGCUCAGGUGGUCUGCAGGCAGCUGGGCUGUGGUGGAGCACUGAGUGCUGAUAGGAACGCUACCUUUGGUGCUGGUGAAGGAACCAUCUGGCUGAACAGAGUGAAGUGUAGAGGAGACGAGAUUCACCUGUGGAACUGUCGCCAUUCCCUGAAGUACCAGACAGACUGCACCCACAAACAGGAUGCUGGAGUCACAUGUGCAGAGAUAUCAGCAUCCUCUACUACUACACCCACAACAACCACCAUCAUCACCGAAGCAGUGCAACAAAUAAUGAAAAGAACAGCCAAUCCAGAACCUCCAUCAGCAGCUGCUCUAUACACCCCUCCACUGGCCCUGAUCCUGCUGGGAACGCUGCUCUUCCUGGUCUUAGUGCUUCUGGUUGUGAUGUUUUUCCAGAACAGAGGACUCAGGAAAGGUCUCUAUAAGAUGACGCGUAAGACUCUGUCAGAGGCAGUUUAUGAAGAGAUCAACCACAGAUACUCCACUAGAAGAACCAGACGUUCCAGUAAAAGAGGUGACGUUUAUACAGAUGUUCCUGCUGAGAUCCUGCCCAGAAGUCUCCUCUCUGAAUCACAGCAUUCUGGGUAUGAAGACGUGGAUGAGGAGCUUGUCUCAGAAAAAUCUGGGUUUGGAGAUAAAGCCGAGUAUUAUGAUGAUGCCGUCACAACUAAUGACCUGAUAAGUGAUAGGAGGAAAGUGGACACACCAGAGGACUAUGAUGAUGUGAUGACUGCUGGACUGAUCCCCGAUAACGUAGCCGAGGACGAAGCUGAGAAUUAUGAUGACGCCAUUACAGCUGAUCAGAAGUCCCAGAUCAUGACAGAAGAAACACCACCAGAGGACCAUGAUGAUGAUGCUGUUACCAUGGAAACAAAGCCAAACUUGAUAACAGAGGAAUCAGAGGACUAUGAUGAUGUGAUGGGUGCUGAACAGGAAGUAGGAGGUGCAGAAGAUUAUGAUGACGUGGAGGAGGAGCCUCAGAGAGACCCAGACCAUGUGACCCAGAGACGCCACCCAAUGUCUUUGUUCAGAAAAUGACAUCAUAACAUCUGUAACCUCAGGAAAUGAUUUUCUAACAACUUCAGCUCCUGAUAUUUUAUUCAUCUGAAUCUUUGUUGAUCUCAGUGUUGAACAUUUCAGUCGAGCACGGGGGGUAAAAACGUCCCCAAAUUUUAUUUUACAUUCUGUAACGUAACCAGCCACAGUGCGCUAACACAAAGAUUCAGCUUAUAAUAUCUUUUUAUUUUGUAUUGUAGAAAAAAAUCAAUUUGCUGUAAGUAAAACAAAAGUUCUACAUAUUUGAUAUUAAUAUUUUGUAAUGUUUAUAUUUUAUUUUAUAUAAGUUGUA